AUGGCUGGCGGCUCUACGUCUCGCCCAAUAUGUUCGGUCAAGCGUCCGAAACUGGCACACGACCGGCCAGGCCAAGAUCUCCUUGGGUUACUGCGCUCUAGCCCACAAGACGAGACGCUUUGCGUACCCGGCACUCUCUCAUACGCGCAGAAAUACAAGUCUGCAUCUGCGCCCGCUGUCUCCGUUUACAAGAGUGCUCUUGGAGAAGUCUCAGAGGCGGAACUGGAUGCUGCUCUCUCACAACAGUUCUUGGGCGUUGCGCCCCCGCUCUUCACCGACCUGACGCCGAAGAAAAAGUCCUCGGCAAUCGCGGAGGACGACGCCAAAAGCGUCGUCACGAGCGAGGCUCCUGAUACCAUGUCCGAGCUCGACGAUCUCAAUCGUUCGAGUACUGGGGGUGACGAAGGCGAAGACGCGGAGACGUCUGUAGAGAAGCAGAAGCGUAAACUGGAGAUGGCCCAUUCUAUCCUCGCAUGGCUGGACAAGGACGAAGUGUUCUUCCGCGAGAUGCUCAGGCGCAAAGGACAGGGCGAUGCUUUCUAUUUGGAGUCAUGUCCAGAAUGCGGCUCACCUGGCCGUCCGGAGUACAGCUACAGCGAGUGCGAGGCUGCAGACCUCUGCCAGGCGUGCAUCGUCAAAUGGCAUCGAUACCAGCCUUUGCAUCCGAUCUUCAGGCACAGCGCAGGCAGACCCGAGCGUCUGGACCCCGCGGAUCUUGGACUCUGCAUACAACUAGGCCAUCGACCAGGUGAAGUGUGCAAGUGGCGCGAGUCCGCGCACGUCAAUAACUUCACCAUACUUCACACCACUGGCCUGUGCCGGAUUCGCGUCGACUUCUGUAACUGCGAUGAUGGCAAGGAUACCCCGCGCUAUGUUCAACUUCUCCGGCGUGGGCUCUGGCCAUCUACGGUCGAGAACCCACAGAGCGCGACAUCGUUUCAAGCUUUGGACGACUUCACCCGGCUAUCGAACAUGGGUCGACUCACUGCUUACGAUUAUCACCGCGCCGCGUCGUCGAAGACCGAUGGCGCCGGGCUCCGAGAGCUACCUGACUUCCGCCAGCAAUUCAUGACCUGCAUUCAUGAAUAUCGUCAUGUCACUCUAUUCAUGCGUGCGGGUCGUGGUCAUGAAGCCGGUGGUAUACAGGGCACACCAUCGGGGAUGUGUGCCGUUCGUUGUCCAGCGUUCCCUGACAAGCUUCUGAACCUGGAGAAGGGCUGGUCGUCUCGACCGCUUCAGUGGCUGAAUCGCGCUACUUACUCUCUGGACGCCAAUUUCCGGCUCUAG